AUGGGCAUCAACGGUGGCAUCAACGGCCUUACGCCUAUUAUUGAAACAAACGGAGUCAACGGAGUCAACGGGCAUCAUGAGACGGACAUCAUGAGCGAUCAAUCCAGUCCCAUCAUGCCAGAUUCCGAACAAACCCCAUCAGUCCCCAUCGCGAUUUGUGGCAUGGGAAUGAGGCUCCCGGGAGGCAUCCGAAACGACAGAGACCUAUUUAAUUUCUUAAUAAAUAAAGGCGAUGCGAGGUCGGUCAUUGGACAAGACCGAUUCAAUGUGGACGCAUACUAUAGUCCCCAUGGGAAGCACGGAACUAUAAGCACCAAACAUGGCUAUCUCAUAAACGACGUUGAUUUCUCAAAAUUUGACUUGUCGAUGUUCUCCUUUACUCCCGCUGAAAUUGAGCAAGUGGAUCCUAACCACAGACUUGUGCUUGAGGUGGUUCGAGAAGCGUUCGAGAGCGCAGGGGAGACGAACUGGCGCGGGAAGAAUAUCGGGACUUACGUCGGUAUGUUCUCCGAGGAUUGGCAGGAUCUACAACACAAGGAUACACAUGAGUAUAAUCCUUAUAGAGUUCUUGGGGGUCUGGACUUCGCUUUACCGAAUCGUGUGUCGUACGAAUAUGAUCUCAAGGGUCCGAGUAUGAUCCUCAAAAGCGCGUGCUCUUCUGCAGGACUUAGCUUGCAUCAGGCCUUACAAGCAAUCCGACAGGGAGAGAUUUCCUCUGCAAUUGUCUGCGGCAGCAAUUUGAUUCUUGCCCCGGGAAUGACCAUCAGCAUGAGUCUACAAAUGGCACUCUCACCCGAAGGAUCAUCAAAAACAUUCGAUGCCUCAGCAGACGGAUAUGCGAGAGGUGAAGGAGUCACGGCCCUCUACAUUAAGCGCCUCGAUGAAGCUAUAAAGGACGGAAACCCGAUCCGAGCAGUCAUUCGGGGCUCAGCGAGCAACGCGGACGGAAAGACGAACGGUUUGGCUCUUCCCAACCCAGAUGCUCAUGAUGUUGUCAUUCGCCAAGCCUACAAGGCUGCUGGGCUUGAACUGUCAGAUACAGCAAUGGUGGAAGCCCACGGAACGGGUACCAAGAUCGGUGACCCUAUCGAGGCAACGGCCAUUGGGAAGUGCUUUGAGCAAGGGGUUUAUAUCGGAGCUAUUAAACCCAACCUUGGUCACAGCGAGGGAGCGGCUGCGUUGACCAGCAUCAUGAAAGCUGUGCUAUCUCUGGAGAAUCGCACGAUUAUCCCGAACAUCAAAUUCAAUAACCCCAACCCAUCUAUCCCUUGGGAAUCCGCAAAGUUGACAGUCCCUGUGGAGCCGACGCCAUGGCCAACGGAUCGUGUCGAACGUAUAAGCGUUAAUUCCUAUGGCAUCGGUGGCUCAAAUGCUCAUUUUAUCAUUGAUUCAGCGGCAGCUUAUGGCGUGCAACCCUCAGGCAGCCAAGCUCCUGCCAUCGAGAAGCCCGAGAAAAGCCUUCUAGUCUUCUCUGCAAACCACGUCGAUGCUUUGAACAAGAUAGCUCAUAAUAUGGAGUGCUAUCUCGCUGAGCACCCAGAAAAUGCGAGGGAUAUGGCCUACACCCUGGUAGAGAGACGGGAGCACCUGAAAUUAAGAAGUUUCAGUGUUGUAGAUGGAAGUUCCGAAGGCUUCCACGUCUCCACGGCUUUUAAAUUUCAAGGUGCUCGCAAGGUUGCGUUUGUGUUCACAGGACAGGGCGCUCAAUGGGUUAAUAUGGCUAAGGAGCUCAUGCUCGAUUACCCAUCAUUUCUUGAAGACAUUAGGUCCAUGGACCGGAGUUUGAAGGAGCUUGAGCACGCACCGUCGUGGUCAAUUGAAGAUGUGUUGUUAAACUGUGAUGACAGAGCCAUCAUUGGUCGGGCGGAAUAUGCCCAGCCGUUGUGCACAGCUAUUCAGCUGGGUCUCGUUAACCUUCUUCAAACCUGGGAUAUAGUUCCCUCUUCGGUGGUUGGACACUCAAGUGGUGAGAUUGCUGCCGCCUACGCAGCUAGGGUUUUGUCCUUGAAAGAGGCGAUCAUCGCCGCGUACUAUCGUGGGUAUGUCUGCAGAUCUUCUCAGCGAUUGGGAGCAAUGGCCGCUGUCGGCAUGUCCAAAAAUGAUGUUGCGAAGUACCUUGAACCAGGAGUCAAGGUUGCCUGCGAAAACAGUGGGUCGAGCGUCACUCUCUCUGGCGAUUCGAAGCCGUUGGAAAGUACGCUCGCGAGAAUUAAGGAAGGGAACCCCGACACGUUUGCGCGCAGGCUCCAGGUUGAAAUGGCCUAUCACUCGCGUAAGUAA